AUGAUAGCCUCCCUCCUCUCGCCCUCUAGCAGCAGCCCAACCAGCCAGCAGCCAGCUAGGAUAUCCCAGCUCCUCCCCACCGUCAAGUGUUCUACAUGCCACAAGCCUGUUCCCCUCGAUGAGCUCGGCGACCACACCUGCACAGCGCCCCCGCCAGUUCCAUCUCUUCCAAAACCCGCCAUCACUCCAGAGGCUGCCACCGCUCUUCUUCCAGACAGGCUCCAAAGUCGUGUCGCCGCUGGUCCAGCUAGCGGCCCAGCCAGCUCGCCACGAGCACCACCGCAAGUACAGGCGCCUGCUCAGGUCCCAAGUUCUAGCUCAGCCUCGAGGUUGAGAAUCAAUGUUAAUGCUCGAGGUCCACCCUCGCCAACUCAGCCCUCCUUUCAACCUAGAUCAAGCCCCCUUGCUCGCGCAGAUUCGUCGACGUCAAACAGGAGCGAUGCGCGAUCCCCGCAGCCGCGUGAGCCGCCGUAUCCCUCCCCCAGCAGCAGCAAUUCACACUCGUACUCGAAUUCGUAUGCUGCAUCCUCUUCGUCUGCUGCGUCACCUUUACGUACGCAGCCUCCGCCGGGGUCAGCGACUAUCCCAAACCGCAUGCGCACGCCGUCAAAUGCAGGAUCUAUUUCAAAGCAGUCGUCGCCAUUGACCGCGCGCCCCGGUAACUCCUUCCUUGAUUCGCCAUCUACGACCCCCGUCCAAGGCGGACGCCCCGUUUCUCCCAAUUCUAAUAUCAGCGCCACCCCGCGCGGUCCGCCCAGUGCAACUAUCCCCUUCCCGACCUCAAACUCAUUCCCCAGUCGCACAGGCUCCGCACCACCUCUAAAUAUUAACAACACCGGUCCCGGACCCUACCCUAAUGGAAACUACCGUCCGGGUCCACAAAUUUCUGGGCCUGUGGGACCACCCAUUGCUCGCCCGUCUCCUCCAUCUCAUUCCAUUUCCGAGCCCAAUUUUAACAAUCCCAAUAACAACAACCUCAAACCGACUGCGGAAGGCAGCGGUAUAAACAGAAAUAACACGUUGUAUCGACAAAACUUUGUGCCCCCGGCAGAGCGAGGCAUCGAUACAAAAUCAGGCGGCGAAGCGGGGAUGGCUGGGGUGGGCAGGCGCGGGUUUGCGGCGGCGGCGAGGGCGGCGAUGUUUGUAAGUCCGCAUAAUCCUGGUGGGAUGCAGGGAGCUGGUCCUGGGAUGAUGAUGGGACCGCAGCCGAUGCAAGGACGUGGAAUGCCGCCGCCAGGACCACCACCAGGACCAGGAGGGUAUCGACCGAUGCCACCGCCUGGUAUGGCGCCUAGAUUGCUGGAUAUAGAUUCAAUACCACGGUCUUCGAACGCAACGCCGCCUCUUUCAGCAGGCUCGGGUUACUCGUCUCACUCGCCUGGCCCACCCAUGUCACCCGUCAGCGUAGGCGGCGGUGGCGGCAUGCCAUUCCCCACCAACAACAUCAACAAAUCCGCGCCCAACCCCAACCAGCCGCCAAUGUCUCCUCUGCCUCCACCCCCGACAAGCGCGAAUGGAAACACAAACCUCACACGAACGGCUACGGCCUCCUCCGCCUCGAGCUACACAGGCACCUCUGUCCUCUCACGAUCGCAGAGCGGCGCGUCGGGAAUGUCAUUUACCAAACCGCUCACGCUGACGAAGAACAAAAUUAAAGAGAACGAGCUUCCCCCGAUCUCGCCAAUCGACUCAGAGUCGGAGUACGGUGGACUCGCGUACGCAGAUUCUACGGACGACGAGGGCGCAGAUGAAGAGCACGAGGGCAGGAAACGCAUGCUGUCGAUGUCAAGCGCGCACAGCGCAGGCAGCGGAAGUGUCGCGCGGAACCGGUUCAGAGAGAGCUCGCCGCCGCCAAUAACCACACAGCCGCUCCCGCCAUUGCCAGCCGCAGGGAUGGCGGAGAUGCUGCGCAAGAUGUCGACGAGCAGCAGCGCGAGCAAGUCGUCCGCUAUGCAGUUUGGCUCGGUGCGCACGCGGAGUCGUAGUAGAUCGCAGGACCGCGGCGCGUUGGGCGCGUCCGGCUCGUCUCUGAAUAGCCGUCAGCCGCGUCCGACACACUCGCGCGACACGUCUGCGUCGUCUUCUUACUCGUCCGUGGAUGGCGAGGGUGGAGAGAAUGGGCUGAAGCAGCGUGUGCGCGAACGCACGGGAUCGACGGCGUCUGCGGCGAUCGCCCAGGCGCUGGGUCUCUCGCAGACCCCGCCGAGCGAGUAUGCGCGUAUGGGUGGGCCGGGUGUCGUUGCGACGGAGAGGAGCAGGAGUUUGAAGCGGGAUGGUAUCUUGGGUGGGAGCAUCCGGCGCGCGGCGGGUGGUGUGGAAGACAGUGGAAAUGGCAGUGUCAAGGGAGAGAGGACAGAGAGGGAACGCAAGCGCGAUGGAUCGAUUACGAGCAAUGCGGAUUUGCAGGCGCAGAGGGAGAGGGAACGGUUAGGGUCGUUGGAGAGCAAGGACGAGGAGGACAGGCGUGGGCGAAUGCGGAACAUUAACGUCGAUAUCCGCGCUGCGAACGCUGCCAGCGAAAAUAUGAAUAUGAAUACAGGCGGGGCGAAGACGCAGCGGAGUAAUACUGUGCAAGGGUUGCAGUCGCCUGACGGCUCGCAGAAGCCGAUCAAGCUACCCACGCGCUCGAUGACGAGCCCACAACUUGACCGUGAUAAAUUGUUGGGCGGUAGCGGUGGUGCUUCUGGUGGAGGUUCACGCGCGGGUUCGGAUGCUAGUGCUGUUACUGGUACCAGGAAAACGACGAGGCGACCAAAGACGUGUUUGAAGUGUGCGAAGACGAUUGACAAUGGACGGUGGAUUGCGGUGGAUAGUGGGGGUGUGUUGUGUGAGAGCUGUUGGAAAAAUAUGUAUUUGCCCAAGUGCCGACGGUGUAAUUUGCCUAUUGAGAGACAGGCGGUAUCAUCUUCGGAUGGGCAGCUAAAGGGCAAAUACCACAAAGAGUGCUUUAACUGCCAUGUUUGCCACAAACCCUUCCCAAACCAAACCUUUUACGUGUACGAUGGCCAGCCGCUCUGUGCCUACCAUUAUCACGAGGCGAACGAUUCGCUCUGUGCCGCGGCGCGCUGUGGGCAGCCCAUCGAGGGCCCUUGUGCCGUAUCACACACAGGUGAUCGGUACCACCCCGAACAUAUGACCUGCGAGCACCCAGGGCGCGAGCCAUGCAGGGUGCGGUUGGAGGAGUACUGGGAGGUUGACGGGCGCAUGUUGUGCGAGCGGCAUGCUGCUCAGGCAGGACGGAGUGGCGGGGCGAGUGGAAGUGGGAGCGAUGGUGAGGAUGGUAGGCGAGAUGAGGAUGAGGAAUGGGAGAGAAGAAGAGAGCUGAGGUCUAAGAAACGGGUGACGAGGUUCAUCGAUUUGGCGGGCGCGGAUGGGUUGGGCGCUGAUGCGGGUGACAGCGGGUUGAGGUGA